AUGGCAGCUGCUCAGCUGAACAUGUCCCAACUGGACCAGCAUUCCGUCAAGGCUAUGCUCCUUCAAAAACACAUCUCCGAAUUGGAAAAGUACCAACAGUACAAUGGCGAGAAAGCUGACUCGCCCACCAAUGAAUCUGGCAACGAUUCGGGCUGCGAAAAUUUCUCCGACCGAAAAUCAGACCACGAUUCUUCCACAAAUGCUCGGUCAAUUUCGCCGAUUUCCGACGAAGAGCCAAAGAUGAAGCGAUCUAAGCUUAUUGACGUCGUAAAUGUUGAUGCUCCAGUCAGUCAAUCGCGGAACAUGUUUUCAAUUCGAAACCUCAUCUACAGUAAGGACACUUCGGACUCCGAAACCGACCAGUCAGAAGAUUCCGGCAAUGCGGCUUCGAAUUCCAACGGCUCAUCUCCUCCUCGACCUUGGUCACCUGACCACGAAGUGAUGCGAAAACUCAAGGCUGAUCUCUCCACUACUUUGCACAGCUUCGUCGAUACAGUCGUCUCCGAUGUCUGCAACAAAGUCUCGAGCAACUACAAAGAGAGCCUGCGAAACCAGCGAAAAGCAUUCCACGAGCACCGACUCCACCUCCACCAGGAAGAUCCAAUGGACACCGUCGACACUCGCCAAAUCAUCGAAGACGCCAAGCCAAUGCUCACCGCUGCUGCUGCCGCUGCUCAAAGCACAAUCUCAUCAGCUUCUCCUUCGAUCGCUUCUUUCGCCGCUCAUGCUCAGCGCGCUCAGCAGCUCCAGCAGCUCACUUCGCGACAUACUCCGUCUGUUCCAACUCCGCAUCAGGCGAUUCUCUCACAGCACUUGGCCGCUCGAGCCACUCAGCCGCAAGUUUUCCAACGUCAAUCUUAUAGAGAAGCUCCUCGCCCGCUCGGCUACCCGUACACAGCUCUUCAAUCAAGCUACCCAUACAACCCAAUGCUCAACUCUGCCACAGAAACCUACGGUCGCCGACCCUUCUUGUCGAUCGAUCCACUCACUGGGCGGAUUAAAUCGGAGCACGAAAUGUCCGACGAACAGGCGAUGAUCUUCGGAGCGGCUCAUCCGCAAGAGGGUCUCACUCCUCAUCACUUGAAGAAGGCGAAAUUGAUGUUUUUCUACACUCGAUACCCUUCAUCAAACGUCUUGAAGACUUUCUUCCCGGAUGUCAAGUUUAACCGGGCCACAACUUCUCAACUCAUCAAAUGGUUCUCCAACUUCCGAGAGUUCUUCUACAUUCAGAUCGAGAAAUACGCUCGACAUGCUCUUUCCGAAGGAAUUGAAAACGCCGCUGAUUUGAAAGUCACCCGAGAAAGCGAGCUCUUCAAGGCGCUGAACAACCACUACAAUAAAACCAACGAAUUUGAGGUGCCAGAAGAGUUCCUUGACGUCGCUCUGAUGAGCCUUCGCGAGUUCUUCGUAAACAUCAAAGAAGGCCGCGACGUCGAUCCCUCGUGGAAGAAAGCCAUUUACAAGAUCAUCUGCAAAAGUGACAUUGAAAUUCCCGACGCAUUUAAAAGCGCUACGUUUUUGACCGAUGUGGCGCACUAG